CAGCAGGGGCUCUAGCUGGAGCACAAAACUGACAGACGCAAGUAUAGCCACCAUAGGAAUCUUAGGACUUCAACGAUGCGUUUCUCACGUCAAGCAAUUGCUUUGGCCUGUGUUUACAUGAGCCUACAAGUGCUGGCAAACGACACAAGGUAGGCAACAGUUUUUCCUCGGUACUGUAGUUGCGAAUUUCCACUGGUCAGUAGUUUAAACCCGCAGCGGUUUGUUAGAUUUACAGGGUACGACAUCUUUACCUCCGGCGUCCCUCUGGAAGUAGAUCCGAUACUCAACCCAAACACGGUCUGCAAGAACACGCCUUCCUUGAGCAAAGAACAAAUGGAACUGUGCAAAAGCCAUGCUGACGUUGUGGCGAGCGCUUUGCAAGGGGCGCAGAUGGCUGUUCACGAGUGUCAAGAAAGGUUCAAGUACCAUCGAUGGAAUUGCUCUGCUUUGGAAACCAAAAAUAAGAAUCCUUUGACAAGUGGCUUGCUUGCGAGAGGUACGUUGAUACUAGUCUACCAAACACAAAGGCUUCUGGAAGGCUUCUUAAUUAAGAAUACGUCUAAGUCUCUUAUAGCAUAGUGACAAACACCUGGGAAGUACAUGCUAAAGGGGAAUUAUCAUUAAAGGAAGUUUGUGGUCUUUGUCUCUGACCUUCAUCUCAUAACUAGAGUUUAAUCGGCGUUUCUUAAACUUCUUUGGGCAGCCUAUCAGAACUCUUAAGCGAUCUUUGGGAAUGCGAGGCUUUUCAGUUGCUUGGCACUUCGUUAUUGCCAAAACAGACGUCAUUAGGGCAUUAAAAAUGAUGAAAACAAGUCAAGACAUAAAAAUAGCAAAGGUUUAUUUAUAUAACAGAGCUACCUUCAACGUGAAAGGUCUCGUUAACAAUUACCGCCCUUGUAAGUGUAAACAUGCGAUGCUGGAAUAUAAGACGAUUAGAUCUCCAGAGAAGUGCAUAAAAACCUUCGUCAAUCUCAUCCGAUUCACUUUGGCGUACAUUUAGGUCUGCUGCAAAGAAAAGUCCUCUUCUUAGAGUGCUUAAUGUACUCAAAUUGGAAUCUCCAUACACUGGGCUUGAUACUUCUAACAAGGGCUAUAAUCCUUUGAUUGGAUGCCAUCCUUUGUAGCAAAGAUCCAUUUCAUCUCAUCACACACUGAAGCUUACAGCGCGAAAGGUACCUCUUUGUGGCUUUCAUCACUCUUUAGGAUUUCAUAAAAACGCGUCCUAUACACACUUGGAACCACGUUGGUCCGUAUAAUAACAGUAUCACAAAAAGUGUCUGCUGAACUGCUUUUAAUUUAAAUUUAAUCAAACGAAUAUGUGAAGAAUGGACAUUGAUGCACUUCCUCCAUGAACCUUUCACUCUUUUAACAGCCUAAGAAGAGUGAAGGUUGUACCUUUUGCGUCCGUGAACAAAAUAGAAUGGCAUGACCAUUAAACUGAAACUUUUUGCCUAUACUUUGGCACAUUACUAUCUGUGUUUUAGUAAUCUGGGCAAAACGAGUUUAUCGCAACCUCAAUCUUUACCUUCGCUCACGUCCGGCUCUGGCCUUUUUUUCGGAGAUAGCGAUCGAAAUUUUCCGUGUAAUCCCACAAAACGCGCGCCUAGUUCAUUAACUUGUUGCCACUUGCAGGUUUUCGAGAGACCGCUUUUGUGCACGCCAUCAUCUCAGCAGGGAUGACACAAGCCAUUGCUACGUCAUGUAGCAUGGGAAAACUGGCGACUUGUAGAUGUGACGAAACCAUUACUGGCGAAGGACGGGGCUGGAGCUGGGGAGGCUGUAGCGACAACGCAUUAUAUGGUGCAAAGUUCGCAGCCAAGUUUAUGGAUUCUCGAGAGAAAGGAUCCGAUAUAAAAUCACUGAUGAAUCAGCACAACAACCAGGCGGGUCGACUGGUAGGUUGUUUGAUUAAACGAACUUCAUACAUAACUCUCCCCCCGGCUACUAAAUCAACUUUUUAAGAAUUAGAUAUAAACGACUUUUGCAAUACUGUAGUCAUACAAAUAAAUCUUAUUCUUGUAGGAUUUCGCCCACGGAUUUAACACUUAGAACCACCUUGUACAGCAUAAUAAACAGCACCACAGAAAAGUACUGGUCGGUAGCUUUCAUUUUAUUGCACACCAUAUGAUUUCGCCUACAGACUCUAAGUAAAGUUAGCACCAACUAAGACAAACAAAUAGUUAGUACAACGGCAAAGUACUGCUAGAGAGGAUAUUUAUUUGACUGGUAACACUAUAAGUCAUUUAGUCUAUAGACUAAAGAACUGCUUUAUACUUGUUCAUGUAACUUAAUUGACUCGGAAAGUACAAUGCUUUACCGCCGAUGAUACACUGAGGCUUAAGUCGCGACACAGGGUCAGCUAUCUGUCAUGUAUACAUCGUUUAAGUUUCACCGACGAGAACAUUCCAAAUAGGUACGAAAUAAAACAGAUGUUUGCAGUUGUUAGAUAACAAAUAUCAACUGUUAAAGAACAGCUGAAGAAGUAGAGUGAAAAGAGUUUAAAUCUUCUUCUGUUUUCUCUUCCUUUUUACUUCCUUGUUCGUCCGAUUGUGCGAGGAUAUCUCGCCCACACGUGCCUGGAAGCACUGGGUUCUCUUUGCGUGAGAACCACAGUACUUCAAAUCCAACAUGCUUUACAAUUAGUCGGGGUUUCACCGAGCCCUUAAUCCAAUAGCAAGACUCAAGCACGUGGGAAACUUUUGAUAAACUCUUGUCUCGAAUAUUUUGUUGACAUUAAGCUUAUCUUUUAAGUUGGGUAACUUCAGGUUACUGCACUCAGCGCCGGCAGGUUGAGUAAAGGGGCAGUCUUAUUGAACGUUAGUACCAUCCACUUGAAAUGUGGAAAAUCUCAGACAGGGACCCGGUCUUGCUAAAAAUAGGGAUAACAGUACAUAAAAACUCGGUUAAAAACGGUAUUUGGUUAGAGAGGGAUAGGAAAAAAUUGAUAAAAAGUCUACAGAAAACGUUGGACCAAGAUACCUUCAUGUUUAACAGUGUGAUUUGGGAAAAUUGAAAAAUAUAUGAUUAAGGUAUCUUUUCACCUUGAAGAAUGAAUCUGUCUUUGUGUUCUAUUCAAAGUCAUUUUGUGCAUCACAAGCUACAGGAAUUUAACAGGAAAAAAAUUGUGAGAAUCAGAGAAUCAUGUUAUCGUGAUUCUCUCUCUGGGCGUGACCAUGAGGCAGGAACUGCUUCCUUGAAGGUUCAAUAGUUUGUCGAUGGAACCCAGUAGGCAGCGAAAGAGUUGAUUUCCUGAUCGGAAACCCUCUUGAUUGCUUGAAAAGAGUUCCUUCCGUGCUGUAACAUGUAUAUUUGUAGUUCCUCUUCAGUGGUAAAAGGAAGCCCAACGUGACCAUAACCACAGAGACACGCUACACACAAUUUUGAGAAUAUUUUUCGAUCUUAUAAAGGAAAUUCAGUCAUUGCCUUGGUUCCCUUCACUCUACUGCAGAAGGAAGUGUCUUAUCCAAUUGUGAAUUUCUCAAGUGUGUGAAGGAACAUUUCAAGCAAAAUGCAAGUCAUAUGUAGACAUGAAGAGUAAUGUUGCUUACGGUGAAGUGAUCAAGAGGUAUCCCGAGAUAUCGCUCUUUCUUCUCGAAAAAUGUUUGGCUCUGAUACCUCAUUUUUCGAUUUAAACCAAGGGUGAAUUGAAGGAGCUAAUUAUCUGUUUAAAACAGUUGGAUAUUUUCCUGCUGACUUCGUUUCAACUAGCCUAAUUGGCCUUUAAACGCGUCUAAACAUUCGUGCAUCACGCAGCAAUUUCAGCACAUGCAAAAUUCAUUUUUGAAGUUCAAAAGGUCGCCUUGCGAAGCAUCAGCCGCAAUUCAAGUUAAUUAGAAACAGACAUUUCUUGAUAACCUGAGUGUAUACCAAGGGCAUACAGGUUAUCUCUGAAACAAAGAAGUGCUUGGUGUAUUCAAUUUCUUUCGCCUUAUCCGGAGGAGAUAAUUCCCUGAAGGUGUUUAUGACACAGGUGAAUACGGUGAAUAUCUUUUCUUAUUUUUGUGUUAUUUUCAUUCUAAUUCAUCACUUCCAUGAACCCAGCGAAGGCUAAUCGUGAAUAGAGAAAGAAAACAAAAGUCACAUUUGCAAAAGCAAUUAGCACAAAAAGUGGUUUUCGCAUGAGAAACGAUUUUAGGCCUCCAGUAGGCAUCCCAUUCAUAAACAAACACAAGACACCUGUUGGGAUCGAGUGAUUAUUCAAACGAAUGGCGACUAAUAAUAACAUAGGAAUGAAAUAUUACUUUCGACACAGAAAAUGAAAUGGCCGAUACUCGUUUUCCCAGAUGUGUCUGGCUAUACUGCUGUUACAAGGUUCUUUUCAACGAUUCAUUACAAGGAGGGGUCGAGCACUCGCUCGGACAACAUGGAUUCUCCCUCUCAAGUCACUUUGGUCUAGCAUUGCCGUUCUGAGUUCUCCAAAAGUGGCGAACCCGGUGGCCUCAAGCAAAGUGCGUAUGUACCUGGUCCUAGGUCUUCCCUCUCUUAACCCUUUAAGCCCCAAUAUCCACAUACAAAUUCUCCAAACUGAUCUCUAUAAAUUUCCUUAAAGAAUGAGUUAAGAAAAUUUGAUAAAAGAUCAAAGUAUUUUCUCUUAGGUGAUGAUUUUCUUAAUUCUCAUAACCUCACCUCAUGACAAUGUAGGGAUAUCGUUAAGAGAAAAUUUAUGUUGGUCACUAUUGGGACUUAAAGGGUUAAUUUGUCCGUGUUGUGGCUGUCACAACACAAGCUUCGAGGUGCUUCGAUGCCUCCUCCUCUUUGUGGCUACUCUCAUUCUUCUUUCCCUGACCUCUCUAGAAACUUUUGGGAGGUGACCGUACAGAUCUUCAUUUGUAAUGGGAUCCCUCCAAGAAACGUUUAGUGCAGUGCGAAGCAUUCUAGUAUGGGCACCAUCAAUUUGCUUUUCUGUGCUUUAGGUCCGAGUCCAUGUUUCGCUGCCGUAAAGGAAAACACUCUCAACUGUUGCCAGGAAUACCCUAACCUUUAAUUCCCUACACAGUUUAGAUUUCCAAAUUUUGCCCAACUUAUAUUGCACGCCACCAAUGCUUAAGCUUUUCUCGUUUUCAUGUCUUUGACAGAGUCAUCGAUCCAAGAACCUGGGUAUUUUAAAUCAGCCACUGUUCCUUUUGGUUUUCAUUACUCAGUGCUGGAUCUUGAUUGUGGACAAUUGCCUGAGUUUUAACUGCAUUUAGAUGUAGUCCGACAUUUGCGGCUGCUUUCUGUACCUUAAGUGAAGUGAAUAUUGUCUUAAACUAUAAUUCACGCCGUUUUUCUCUAAAAGAAAACUUUCUCAAGGUUCACUCUUUGGUAGGCAGAUUCCUCUCUGAAGACACUCUUCAAUGAAUGAAAGGUCCUGGAGAAUGUCCGACAUCUUUGUUGGACACUCAACUUUUUAAGUCAGAUAUUUUCUUAUUAAAGAAGAGCAUCAGCGGUCCACGGGUCUCUGAAACAUCGAUUUGCGCUUCUUUUGUCCCGUAGCUGAACUAUAUAAAGGACAGCGAUUGCAGUUUUGCUUAAUUGUUUGCGUGAUAACUCUUUGAAUGAAGCUUAGUUUGGUACGAGGAGCUUUUUGUGAAGAAUUUCAUUUGCUUGUCUGUAAUGAUCUGUAAUAAAACUGUCUCUAAGACGGAGACUUUUCUAUGGUGGACAUCAGUGGCUUGCUAGUUCUCUGCUGAGUUUCAUUUGCUUCUCUGUAACUAUAGUAAGGAUCAGUGGUUGGCUGGUCUCAGCUGAGCUUCAUUUGCUUCUUUGCAAGUAAGUCUAAGUCUCCGUAACUAUGGUGUAAAUCAGUGGUUGGAUGGUCUCUGCAGAGAUCCAUUUUGUUUGUCUGUAUCUAACAAAACUUCCUGGGGCAAAUACCUGGUGGACUUGUUUGUUUGGCUGGUCUCAGCUGAGUUAUACUUGUUUUUCUGUUGCAAAAGAAAGUUAAGGCGAAAAAAAGUACAGUAGGCCCUUAUUUAAUUCAGAAAAUCUUCUCCUUUGAAAAUUUGAUAAUGGCAUGAUUGAGUUGCUUUACAAAUUAUGACUGCUGUUUAAAAAUUAUCUCUUUUAAAUGCUCAUUUUGUAAAAAAGAUACAUCCAGUUCUCACACUUAUCGAUACUGUGAACGAGGUUCCAAAGUCGGAUCCUUAUUUCCGUUAGAACGCUUUAUUUGAAUUUCAGUGCUCAAGGACUAUUAAUCAUUUGAGCUGCGAUCAAACACUCCCUUCUCUUGCAAAACUCCAGUUUACCAAUUAAAAGAGAAACAACUAAAGAGACUCUUUAAAGGAAUAGAUGGUAUCAAAUACUUAUUGAAAAUAAUUUGCAACCAUAAUUAAUCUGAUUUCUGGCCAGACAUCGCUAAACAUGAAGAGACUAUACACAGACUGGCAUGAACACAUUCAAGUGCUUUGUUUACAGCUAAGUGAAAUGGUCGAUGUCACCACUGAAGAAUGAAGAAGUAUUGAAAGAUCCAUUACUUAUAAAAUCACUUGCGAAGUAAGAGAUCACACGAUCGAGCUCUACCUUCGAUUUUUUGGGAAUACAAGGCAUCGCAUGUAUGGUAACGCUUUUAAAGGAGGAUCAGUCUGCAACCAUGUUCAAUCGCUUUAGUGAUCGGAAGCAAGCAGUUAUAGUCAGUAAGGCCUCUAAAAUCUUUGAAUAGAGGCUUAAAAGAGACAAAGAGGCAGACAUGAAUACAUUCAAGUGCUUUAUCUACAGUAAAGUGAAUAAGAUCGCGUAUUGCCAUUAUUAAAAGAUCCAUUAAUUCGGGAUUACAACAACUCAGCAAUUGACCAAAGCAUCUUAAAGUUACUAAUUCUCCAAAACCUGGCUUAUUUCAAAAACUAAAACUCACUUAUCAUUAUGCUCUUGAAGGUAUAAAUGUUUGUCAAAGUUAACAACGCAAGUUUAUCAGGACUAUUCACCCUCUCUGUGGUUUACAUCUUUCUUUUUGGCAAAAUUCCAUUUCCUUUUCAAUCCCCCAUGUAGCAACCAAUUUCAUUUCCAAGCUGGAGGCAGCGUGGCCGAGUGGUUAGAGCGCUGGACUUCCUGUUAAGUUUUUUAAGUUUUCGACCCCACUAGCAUUAGUGCUAUAAAUACUGCAGAGAGUAAAUAACGGAAUUAUUUUUUUAUAUAUUUACUCGACAUUUUAGAAGACCAGCAAAUUCCAUAUCUCAUAGUAAUGGCAAACAGAUGACAUAACGCGAAAGUAUCUCCAGAAAGGUUUCAGGCCACACCAAAAGAUUACAUCCAGAGACUUUAAGUCUGAAGCAAUGCUUGGCUAACCCUUUCCCAUUCCAAGAGUACAAAAAGAAAAAUUGAGAAAAGAAACUUCAUAGUGUCAGAUAUUAAAAAUUGAAAACCUAAUUGUAUCAUGAGGAAGUUCUGGGCAGAAGGUUUCAGUUAAAUGGUUACAAUACAGGAUAUUGUACACAGUCGCAAAAGCUAAGUAGACGUGAUAACUGUUGCCUUAUAAUUGGGUAACUGGUUAUUUGGGAAAGAGUACCGGUAACCCUUUUGGAAAAGCACAUCUGCAAGAUUCAACUUUUAGAUGGACGUAAGCAACUUACAACCAAAAUAGAUAAGGAUUUAUUGAAUUUUUUUCAAAAGACGCAAGCGAUUUAUUAAGACACUUCAACUUGAUAUGUAAAUCAUGACACGAGCGUAAAAGGAAGGGGAAAAAAAGCCCGCGUUUUUGAACCAAUUACAUGCACCUCCCGCAAAUAGGUCAUGGGUACUCUAACCACUAAGCUACGAGAGACUUGUGGCGAAUCAUGCAUGCCUUCUACAAAAUUUACAUGUAACACGAGUGUUGCACACUGUUAAGAUCAACAAUGUCAAAAGCGUCCUGUAUGGUGAUAAACGAAAGAGAGAGGCAAAUUCUUAGUUUUACAAACACAGCAAAACCGCAUAUUUAAAAGCCUAAUUAGUUUUCGACAAGUGAAACAGUUUAAUCUGGGGUGGAAUGCAUUUAAUCUCGUUCAAUCAGGAAAAAAUAAAGAUUGGACUAGUUGCCUCCUGUCUUUUUCACAUAUCGAUAUUUCCUGAGGCUUUUAUAAAUUUGAUCUUGUUACGACUGUUUAAAAUUCCCAAACGGAAGACUAAGAGAAAAUAAUUUAAUUCGGCAAAGAUAAUCUUAAAAAAGUUCACAUGGUGAAAGGUUUGGCUAUUUCUGUAUCCUCCUUGCAAUUUCGUUUUCUUUCUGGCUUCGGAUUCCCUCAUUAAAAUACUACACCCGCCCACCUCGCUCCCCAUAGCCCUCUGAAGAACUUUUUCCCUCUCCGAUCCUUGGGAAUAAUGAUGUUGAUGCGACUUUGGAACUUGUUUGUUUGCUUUCCAAAAAUAACAUGAUUAUGUUCUACGUAAUAACUCCUUAAAAUUUUGAACACGUUUUAGAAAAUGGUUAUCCUCCACCACAAAGCCAUAAGUAGGCUUAAUGCGUCUUAACCCUUUCACUGUCAGAGUGCUUGGUGGAGUUUUGUAAGUUGACUCUAACUUUCAAGUCUGUGGAUGAAAUCCUAUGAUGUGACCAUUCAAAUGAGACCUCCCUGCCUGUACUUACACAUGGUGCUAUUUGUUUUUCAAUAUUUCUCUCAAUGAAGUUGGAAAUUUGGUCGAAAUUUACUUUUGGCUAGAUUUGGCAGUGAAAGGGUUAAUGGUGUGAAAAUAAAACAUACUAUAAUGACGUUUAGUUUAGAUGCUUAAACUGUCUGGAGAGGGUGGAGACUCUAGUACUUUACAUAGUGGGUUGUUCUGGAAGAAAAGGGGUAUAGCUAUGUAAAUUGUUCUCUUCCAGAACUGGUAUUGAACUCAUAAUUAACUUGCCCCAUCAUAAUGAGCGUGCUACACGGCAAGGGUAUUUUCGGUUUAAUUCAUGUAUCAUAAAUGGUUAUAGAAUAACCUGGCAUCUUAGAGGAAACAAGUAUGUCAAAGGUGUUGGGAAUUUAGCAAAGACUCACAGGUAUCACACGCAAACAUCACACUUGUGUUAUCUUGAGUCAAUCAAAUCUAGUAUUAUACCGUAAAUAAUUUGUCCCUUAAAUACGCAAGGAAGAAUAUCUCGAAAACGUUUCUAGUAUAUUUGCAUGUGACAGCUAAAUCUCCCAAACUAACUUGAGGAGUUCUUGGAAACUACAUAAUAAGACCAUAUUUACAGGAUUACUAUUUGUUGACUUCUUUCGUCACCCAAGAUGUUCCUUUUACGCGUAUUAUCUUUUAACUACGUUUACUCUGUGAGAUAAUGUAGGAUUAACGAAUACUUAAAAUUUCUUAAAAUACAUAAGAGGAGGAUUAAAAAAUAUUUAUGAGAUAACUCAGUCAGAGAAACAACGCAUUAUAUCGUCUCAUUGCCCCGGGCUUGAUUAGAACGAUUGAAAAUGUCUUUUGAUGUGUUUUAAUUAAGUGCUGCUUGGGUAUAUCGCUUUAAUCCCACACCAAAGAAGAAGAACACGAAAAGAGAGACAUGGGCCCAGUUGUUCGAAGGCCGAUUAGCGCUAACCUGGGGUUAAAUUUAAAUCUGGGUUUCUUUUUCAUUUGUUGAAAGCAUUUUCUGGGAUAAUAUUUUCUCCUUUAAAGCAUCCAGUCAUCAAAUUGUAGACAAAAAUAUUUAACCUAACUUUUUUUCUUAAGCUUUCAUAUCUGAAUUCAAAUCUCGCACUAACCUUGGGUUAUCUUUAUCCGGCUUUGAACAACCCGGCGGUGGGCAUCCCUGGUAUUAUCACAACCGCUUAUCACAAUGUUGCAUAAACUAACUGUUGGCUUCAAACGCAUUUGCGCUUAAAUACAAUCGAAAUUCUAUUGGAGGCUAUCCCAAUCUUUAAUAAAUAAGACUUGCACCUAGUUUAAAUGUAGAACCUUUCAUACCGAACGUAAUACCUAUUUAAUAUGGGUCGACCAAAAUGAUGAAGAUCGACGGUUGAUUCAUGAGUCGAACAGUUAAUUAGUCGAAUUCAAUAUUCAUUAUCACAUUGCACAGGCAAAUGAAUCAUAGUAAGGUACCGUGCCGACACGAAAGGCUAUCAGGUAACGUAUGAACAGCAAACAUCGUGCCGGAGCGGUUGGCCGGAGAGGGUGUAGUUCUGUAAAUUCCAAUCCUCACUCCUGAAUAUUUACUUCCGUCUCAGUGGGUUCUUUUCCUCUUCCCUACUUAUUCACUUCCGCUACGGUCCGAAUACCUGUUCAACUAAUACGCAUGCUUUGCAAAAUUGCUUUACCUCUUAAGUGACGAAGUCCCAUAGUGUUGGCAUUCAACUGAAAGCUACUAACUCAGCCUUCGACUUCCUUGUGCCACUUUUCAAAAGUGAACAAAGUAAAGAUCCUAUGGACGAAAUCCUUUCAGGGCUCAAAAUAAUUUUUGGGUGGCCGGACACGAUAACCGGCCAAAGAAAUUUUUGCUCCGUCAAGUCCGGUUUCUCACCAAUCAAAAUACUGGGAAGAAAAGUUAACAAAUCCUUGUGUAAGUUUCUAUUUGUAUUUUUACACAGAGACAAAAAAAUCUAAUUAAGAUUUACAGGUGAGGAUUUGGCUGUGUGUUCAAGAAUGGGAGUAUGCAAGACCGGUCAAUAUGACCGUCGAGUGAAGUUUUUGGGCAGUCACGUUGCCAUUCUGGCCGGACAUUGUCCCUUGAUUAAUCGCUAUUUUGAGCCCAGCCUUAACUUGUGACAAUUUGGGAUAGGGAAGAUAAACCGUAGUCUCCGUCUCACACGUCUUGCACAUAUUCUGUGGGUCUUAAAAGAUCCCACACAAUAAUGUCCUUCAAGUUCGGUGUGGUGGUCUAUCUCACUUUCACAAUCACAUAAGAGGCGUCAUUACUCAUUCCUUUAUUACUUGAAAACUGCACUCCAAGCAGUCUGGCAAACGUCCCUCAACCAGUGUAAUAAAUUAUCCUUGAAAAGCCCUGAGGGGAUUCGAUGAUAAGAUAUUUAAAAUUUUCAAUUUACAAGCAUUUAUACCGAACUUUUUCAGCUGUGGUUUGACCCAAGACAAAUUGUUUUUCAGCGCGUGGCAACAAGUAAUUUCGUUUUGAAUUUUGACUUUGUCCGCUACUAGAUGGGAAAUUUCUUGAAAUAAUUCUGAAUUGAACUUUCUUCCUUUCCUUUUUCUUUUGUAGGCAGUGCUUGAUCUUAUGAAAACCAAGUGCAAAUGUAUUGGGGUAUCCGGCUCAUGCAGCCUAAAAACGUGCUGGAAGACUGUCCCUGAUUUCGGUGAAAUUGGGACAGUUCUCAAGGAGAAGUAUGACUUUGCUACAACAAUUCGCGUGAGCAACCGAAACAGGGGCAAACUUCGACCUUUUCAGCGUAAGUUAAAGGCUGCGCAUCGUGACGAGUUUCUGAGGGAUCUGGUAUUUUAUGAAUCUUCUCCUGACUAUUGUCGACAGGAUGCCUCGCUGAGCAUUCCAGGGACGAAAGGAAGAGUUUGCAAAGUGGAUUCCUUGGGCAGUGACAACUGUAAUAAUCUUUGCUGCGACAGAGGCUACGAUACGGUCCACAUGACUAUUAAGUCUAGAUGCCGUUGCCAUUUUAACUGGUGUUGCUACGUUUUAUGCGAUGAGUGCGUGGAGAACGCCUGGGUGACAAUGUGUAAAUAA